CUCUACAUGCUCAAAUCUCUCCUAUUUUAUAUAUACUUGGAUACCUAUAAUCCAUCAAUGGUGCUCUCGUUGAGAGAUUAAACACAAUCAAGUGAGAUUCCUCUCCCCAAACAUCAAAAAAAAUCAUUCUCUACAAUGCAUUUGCUAUUCGUUUCCGUCACCUAAAGAAAAUCCAGCCGGAGAUGGAACCAUUGGCAGUUGGUGGAAACACUGUUUCUAUUGCACUCUUCUCCGACGUUUCCAGUUCUAAAGAACUACUAGAAUAUAUGCAAGCUGGAACAUUAGAGCCAGAGGUAGCACUACUAAAUGCAUCACUUAUUCCAGACGUAUUUCCCUUUUGGGCUUUGGCAACUGCACAUAAAACACUUGUGUCGAAGUCACGGGAAUCUACCACACGAACUCUGCAUUCUGAACUUGUGUAUAACUACUCUGGAUCUAAGCAUCUCGCUUUGGUGCUUUACCUGCCGAGAAAAAUCAGCCUGAAAAUGAAAAAAGCAACGAUAAGCGUCUGGGAUCCCUCGCCGGAGAUGUCCUCGCCGGAAAGGUCACCGCCGUCCUAGUCUUGGCCACACGCUAGCAUCGAAAGCAGCCGUCCCAGGUCUGAGUCAGAGACUGUUGUCUGGUGCUGUCGGAUUCGUAGCGACGUCACUUCCGGUUGUGAAACACUUUCGUGGGCCCACCUGAGGGUACAAGCCUCCAACGGAGGAAGCUUCGCCGCCGCUGGUACUGCUCCAUCGCUAUCCUCACUGUUGGCUGCUCCUGUGGACAGAGUGCAGCAGCAAUUGUGCGCUGCUUGGGGGUCUCGACUGUCGCAGGCAAGGCUGCCCGCUUGCCAACAAGAGAGCAGGCAAAGGGCUAGGUCAAGUGCUGUGAGGCAGAUUAGUCAAGGCCCAUUAAUCAAACCAUAUCAUCAAGAAGCUCCAACUCCUGGCCCAUUAUCUCAAACAGUCCAAAUAAAAAAGCUAAGUGCCCAAUACUCCUAUUUAUACACUUAAAAUAUUUAUUAAAUGAUAGUAGUAUAAUUAUUACUAUUAUUAAUUAUAUUAUUUCCACCACCAUUAUGGUGGGUUAAAAACUCCCGAGGUGGUGAAGACCAUUGUGAGGGAUUAAAAUUUCCCGAGGUCGCUAAUGAAAAUUUAUUAUUGGCAUUAUUAUUUUUAUCAAUGCCAUUAGACCGGGUCAAAAAACCCCAAAGUGGUGGACCCGAGCUCUAGUCUACCGAACAUCUUUAUUUGUUGAUUCGGAUUAUAUUUAGGUCCAUCGACCUACCCUAGUCACCUUUAUUUGGUGACUCGGACAUCUAAAAAUGAGAGCCGCUACCGGCCGCACAUGGCAUUAUGCCCGAGAGCGGUAAACGGUACACCUCGUUCUCCGAGACGCUAAUCGCGUCCCCCAAAAGCCGUUGCCAUGAACAGCGCACCUAUUGUAACACCGCCCCCGAGUAUUUGUACUGUACCAAAUUAUGUAUUGCACCUUGAGAAAUGUAUAAAAGCAUUUUUACGUGAUUGUAAAUUUUUAUCAUUUCUAUUACGUGAAUAGUAAAAAUUCACGUGGGGCCCACACCAGAUGUGGGGCCGCCCGAUAUUAUCGGGACCACAUAUUAUAUUAAUCUUGGACUAGAUAAUAUGUAUAUGGUGAUGGAUAUCCUAAUUGGGCCUGGUAAUGGCAUAGAGAUGACCGGUUGGUCAAAUGGGGCCAGAUUAUCGGUAUCGACAAAUUAUCGGAUAACAGCCCAAAAAGGGAUUCCGGAGACUUCUAAAUUAAAGUUGGGGAAUGCAUAUUGAUUCUAAGGUCCAAUGAGGAUUGGGAACAAGUGUUAUAUUUUAUUUGACCCGAUAAAAUAAAAUAUACUUAAAACAGUCCGGAAAAUACAACUUUCGGGACCGAUUGUACACGACGGGAUUUAAAGGGAUGACCUCCCACAUAAGUGGGGGCCAUCCCACGAAAUUAGGCUGUCAAAAGUCAGGGUAUGCUGCACAUAAUGGGAGGGGGCAAGCAUGGGCUGAUUGGAGACCCAAAUCAUUAAAUGACAUGGACCCCUCUCCUAACAUGAUUGUGAGAAAAUGCCAAUAUGGCAUCCUCAAUCACCCCCCACACCCCAUAUGCUGCGACUCCAUCCAUCAAGGGAGAAGAGAAGAGGCUCUGCAAAUCCACAUCUCCAUUGUUGAAGGGAGCUCAAUCAAGCAAGAAGCUAAAUCAAGAAGGAAGAGUUGCAAAAAUAGAGAAAAACCUUGGGAAUAAAGGUAUUCAAGGAACUUUCACGGAGUUGAAAAGGUCGCCGGAGUUGUCGCCGGAGUUCGUUGAAGUUCGCCGGAGUUUCGUCGGAGCUAAAUCGGGAAGGCUAGAACUUCAUAAGCUUCAAUAAGGUUGAGGCUAGAGUCCUACUACCUGCACCUUUGCCUAGGGUGAUCAUUCGAGGAGGAAGACGUGGUUCGUGCUUCCAUUCAUAUUUCAAAUGUAUAAACUGCUCAUGGAUUUUUGAACAAUGUUUUCAUUAAAACAGUUGGGGGCCCGCGUGCCCGUGUUUGCCACGUGUGGCUAAGUAUCAAACAUUUUAUUAUUUUCCGCAUUUGUUUGAUUAUGAUAUUGAUGUUGAUUGUAU